CACUACCAGCCUGUUCCACUUGAAUGGGUAGGAUAAAGAAGAAACCUGUUUGGAAUGAAAUGACUCUGUUCUUAAGCUUCCAUAAGAAUAGUUAGCAACUUUUGCGUGAGGUUUUUUGUGUUUGACUUCAGCAGGAAUUCAUUCACAAGAUGACGUUAAGUCCCGGAGGUCGCAGACUUAAGCAGUGGCUUGUUGAGCAAAUCAACAGUAAUCAGUACUCUGGACUUCAAUGGGAGGAUGAGAAUCGGACUAUGUUCCGAAUCCCAUGGAAACAUGCUGGAAAACAGGACUAUAACCAAGAGGUUGACGCUUCCAUCUUCAAAGCGUGGGCUGUUUUCAAGGGAAAGUUUAAAGAGGGGGACAAGGCUGAACCUGCAACUUGGAAGACCAGGCUCCGGUGCGCCUUGAACAAAAGCCCAGACUUCGAAGAGGUGGCGGAGCGUUCUCAGCUGGACAUUUCCGAGCCUUACAAAGUAUACAGGAUUGUACCUGAAGAGGAGCAGAAGACAGGUAAAGGCACAGUACCAGCUAUGAACAUGAGUUGCUCCAGUGAUGUGAAUGACAUGGAAUACAGCCCAGCAGAGCUGGAGGAGCUCAUUAAAGAUGUCAACCAGUCUUCCUGUGAUGAAUACAUCGGCCUCAUCAAAAGAAGUCAUUCUCCCCUAGAGGAGACUUGCAGCAUGCAGCCAACUCAAGAGUGGUGGCACCAAGACUCUCACAACGUUGUUCCGGUACACCCAGAUCCCUCACCACUUGGUUCUGUCAACUAUGCCUUCUCCCAGCUGCUGAUCUCAUUCUAUUACGCUGGGAAACCCAUGGGCAGCACGGUAACCACCUACCCAGAGGGCUGUCGCAUCUCCCCCUGCCAGCCACCAGCCAGCAACCUGAUCUACGGCACGGACAGCCUCCAGAACAUCCGCUUCCCCCCGACCGAGCUCAUCGAGAACGAGCGGCAGCGGCAGGUCACGCGCAAACUCUUCAGGCACCUGGAGCGCGGCGUGCUGCUGAGGGCCAACCGCGAUGGCAUCUUCAUCAAGAGGCUGUGCCAGAGCCGUGUGUUCUGGAGCGGGCUGGGCGCCCACUACAGCCCCGGGCCCUGCAAACUGGAGAGGGAUGCCGUGGUCAAGAUCUUUGACACGGGAAGGUUCUUCCAAGCCCUUCAGCUAUACCAGGAGGGCCAGUACCCACUCCCUGACCCCUCAGUCACCCUGUGUUUUGGCGAGGAGUUUCAUGACAUAAGCACAGCCAAGAGCAAAUUAAUAAUUGUUCAGAUCACUGCAGUGAAUUGCCAGCAGCUACUGGAGACAAUGAAUGACAUUUGCAGCUACGGUGUUCCCCAACACCCUCCCUGUUUCCGAGACAACCUAGCUAUCACUGCCUAGGCCUAAACACUGAUAACCAGCUGUCAGUGUAAGAAGAGGAGCUGGCACAUUGUUUUAUGGAUUAUUGUGUGAUUUUCCAAGCAUUAAUGGUAAACCUUUUGUAUGGUCUCAGGUUUAUAGUCUAUUUUUGUAUUUUAUUUUUGGCGUUUUUUGCAAACACAUUCUUAAAGUUGAGGUAGAUAAGAAUGCUAUGUUAAUUAAUAUCUCUUAAUAGCAAGCAACGGAUCACAUUGUUUAUGAAUCAUUAAUACAGCAUGUAAUAUGUGCUUUGUCAGUGAUAUUUGUAAUGUGCCAGACCUUUGAAAUGUAUCAGCAUUUCUGAGCCUCUCCAUUCUCAUCUACACCAGCUUUAAGUAAAAUAGUAGUAUAUUUUUAGAUACCAGAGUAACUGUUAAAAUGUCAAAAUGCAUUUUGUUAAAAUGAAAUGGAUAGGUUUUACUAUCUCAUAUUUGUGAUGUCAGUUGUUUUACUGAAAUAAACAACUUUAUCUUUCUCACCUGUGACACUGUUGUUUGAACAAUGUAAAGAGAGUGCGUUCAAAUGCAAUCAAGUUGCUCCCAUAAAAUCUAAGUUCAAUGAAGCAUGUAGAGUCUUUCAUGUGGAACACAUGUUAUGACCACUGGAAAUACUUGUCUUCACAGAAAGACUUGAAUAUGAAUCUAGAAUAAACAUCCAGAUGUUUCAGUUUAGACAGGAGUAGACAGGACUAAUCUCAUAGUUAGGAUUUAAUAAUGCGUAUAUUAAAAUGUUGCGUUCUGCAGGGUUUACAUGUUCUUUGGAUUUUUGACAUAAUAGAAGCAUACAAAUACACUGUGUAUCUAAAGUCUUGUGAUAAACUCCACCUGAAUCAAGACAGAACCUAAUCAUAUUAUCAUAACUCAUCCGGUAUACCUCAAGUCAUUAUGCUAAAUGUAUUCAGAAAUGCAGUAUAAACCAGCCUGUCAGUACUUGAGAAGCACUAAAUAGUUCAAGGGGGAAAAGAAAAAAAAACAGGGACAGUUUGCACUCUAC